AUGGACACAUUGGGAGUGGACUUUCCUUCUGCCUCUCAUCAGUAUGGCCGCUUCGACAGGGAUGACAACUCUGUCCGGGCACUGCUCAGAGAAGACGGACGCAUCUACACCACCAUAACGGCAGAGCUGCUGCCUGUAAGCCAGACCACAGAACUAGAUCGCCCCACCCGUGGAAAGGAGAAAUUCAUUGGGAAUAUGAAAAUGCUGGUGGUUAACUCUCAGGAAGUUGAGGAAACAAUAUACUUAAGGAAAGGGUUGGGAUUGAGAGUGAGGUCCAGCCAUGGUGGGGCAGAGGUUGGGAAGAAGGCGUUGCGAGUUUGGGUACAGCGGGGUUGGCGCUGCAGUCAGGUGAGGGCGCCUCCCUUGGGUAGCGGCUACCAGGAGCUCUCUGCGACCCAGGCCCUGCGGCUGCUCAGAUGCAGGUUUAACUUACUUCUUCAGCAAAAAUGUGCUAGAAAAGCACUGAGGAAGGUUGAACCUCGAAGGUCAGACGCAGGGUCAAAUGGAGAGGCAUACAAGAGAAGUGCCUUGAUCCCGCCCCUGGAGGAAACAGUCUUUUCCCCCUACCCUGUUGGGUUCACAGGCUGUGCAUUCGGGCCAGCUGCUAUUUGGCAGUAUGAAUCACUGAAAUCCAAGCUUCAGAGUUAUUUUGAUGGCAUAAAGUCUGACGGGUUGGAUAGCAUGCGGCCACAAAAAGAAGGAAACCUCAGAACGGAGAUUAACAAGUGGUGGAAUAGCCCAAGUGGUGGCCAGUGGACUGUGACAGGCAUCAUAGCUGCAAAUGCCCUCGAAUUCUGUUUAUGGAGAGUGCGGUCCCUGCAUCAAACCAUUCUCAGGGAUUUUACAUCCAACCCCGCAUCAAAGGUUCUUUGUUCUCCGAUGUUGCUCUCGACCAUCAGCCAUUUCUCCUUAUUCCACAUGGCAGCAACUGUGUAUGUUUGGUGGACCCUCUCAUCUGGCACCGUGAACACUGUGGCAGUGUACCUGUCUGCAGCCGUUAUUUCCAAGUUUGUCAGUUAUGCGUGUAAAGUUGCCACAGAAAGAUACGUCGGUCCUUCACUUGGUGCAUCGGGAGCAAUCAUGGCUGUGCUUGCAGCCGUCUGCACCGUGAUCCCGGAGGGGAGGCUCGCUAUCAUCUUCCUCCCCGUUUUCACCUUCUCAGCGGGCAAUGCCUUAAAAGCCAUCAUUGCCAUGGAUACAGCUGGGAUGAUCCUGGGAUGGAGUUUUUUUGACCAUGCAGCACAUCAUGGGGGAGCUCUCUUUGGAGUAUGGUAUAUCGCAUAUGGACAUGAACUCGUUUGGAAGAACAGGGGGCCUCUAAUGAAAAUCUGGCACGAAAUAAGGACUAAUGGCGCCGAGAAAGGAGGAGUCUCCAAGUGAAGCAAGGCUGGCCAGUGUGGCGGUGCAUCUGAUCCUCGUUGCUUGGAGGAGCCUCAGCAUAGGCUGCUCCUGUGGUUUAAAUGUCUUCGGUACAUGUCUCCUUUGCAAAUUAUGGCAAAGUUGUGAAAUAAAUGUUUAUAUCUCUA